CUUCCACUACCACGACAACAGCCACUACUUCUACUCCUACCACCACCACCAAAGAAACUACCCCUAAAACUAAAACUACUGCUGCUACUCUUUCUUCAACCAGUGAAACAACUCCUGUACCCUUGACAACUCCUUCCUCUCCCCCCAUUAUCUCACCCAGCUCUACUACACCUUCUCCAAUCCCUUCCACCAAAACCUUCACAACUCCUGUCCUUACCACUACCACAACUCUCACUACUUCAGCUACCUCUCCUGAUCAGGAAGUUUGUCUUGCUGUGGAGAUUAAUCUGACAGCAACCUUGGUUGCAGACAGUAUCUGCAAACAAGAUCUCAUUCAACAUGGCAGAGAUUUUGAACCCUGAACUCGAGGUGAACCUGCCCCACAACCUUCUCUCAGGGCUAAAGCGGAGACACACCCCUGACAUGGUUAAGUUCAUCUUCUCUGUGCUUAAAACCUCACCACCAAAUUGGGUGAGUUACCAUGCACUCCCAAGUUGCACAUCACAUGGCUAAAACAUCUUAAACGUUUGUCAGGAAUAAUGUGUGUGUCUGUGUGUAGACCGUAGAGGGACAACUUGGUAAGAUUCUCUUUGGUAUUGAAGUUGAGAACAUAACCAUCUCUCACCUGUCAACACCAUUCAACAUGACCUUCAAACACAAAUCUGAACUACAGGAAAAAGAGAAUACAACGUGUGUCUACCACAACCAGAGUCGAGGUGAAUGGGUCACUGAUGGCUGCCACACCCUGAGGCUCACUAACCAGACCAUCUGUAGCUGUGACCACUUCUCCUUUUUUGCCCUCAUGAUCCCUGAUAUGAAGCUGAGUGAGGUCCAUGCCAGGAUGCUGAGUGUGCUCACCUGUGUGGGCGGAGCCAUCUCUGUGUUCUUCUGCACCAUCACCUUACUGACACACUGUCUUCAGCAUUCACGGAAAUCUACUGACCAUGCCAUGCUGGUUCAUCUCCAGUUGGUGGCAUCUCUGUUGUUACUCAACCUGCUGCUCUUGACCAGUGUGGGUUUGGCAUUUGUGGGCCCUGCAUCUAUGGCCCCUGGCCUGUGUCCUGCCGUGGCCGCCCUGCUGCACUACUCACUGCUCUGCUGCUUCACCUGGAUGGGCCUGGAGGCUCUGCAUCUGUACAGGCUGCUGGUCCUAGUCUACAACACCUACAUGAGACACUACCUGCUGAAGCUGAGCCUGCUGGGCUGGGGUGUUCCUGCUUUGGUUGUAUCCAUAGUCGCCGCUGUCAGUACAGAUUUCUAUGGGCUGAAUAACCGAAUGUGCUGGAUCAAAGACUCUGGUGUGCAGUACGGCUCUGUUGUGGCUUACCUGAUAGUGGUCCUGCUCUUCAAUAGCACCAUCUUCGCCAUCGUCAUCACAACGAUGCUCAAGCUGCGCUCUGUCACGUCGCCGCAGGGGAAGAGGCAGAGCCGCAACAUCACCUGCAGCGUUCUUGGGUUGACCUGCAUCCUGGGCCUCACCUGGGGGGUGGGCUUCUUCUCCAUGGGCUACACCAACUAUGUCAUCCUCUACAUCUUUACCAUCCUCAACUCACUGCAGGGGUUCUUCCUGUUCCUAUGGCUCUGCGUUAAGAGACUGCGGGGGGCAGAGCAGAGUUCCAUGACAACUGGACAGAGCUCAAGCACCCACAUUCUCUCCGUGGGAAGCGAGGUCUGGCCCUCUUCUGGAAGAACAAGGCAGUCAGUGCAAGAGGGAGCAAUUGCUGACAAUACAGCUAAGUUCUGACCAAAAGCUGACUUUAGUUUGUGAUGCUUUAGCUCACUGAGAUGAAAGGAAAUCUACAAAUGGAAAUGAAGUACCGUGAAGGAAUUGUUUUGCUUCGGUCCCAUACAGUACAUCACAUUCUUAAAUAAAUAAAUGUUAAAGCAGAUAACCCUUAAGAAAGAACAUGUUGUACUCCUAUCGUUUAAUUUCUUCCUGUUAAAAUGAGAUUUGCUGUUUUAUAUGCCAUGAUUUAUAUGCCACCUUUCACCUAAAGCCUUCUAUUAUUAUUAUUCUGGGAUGGAAAGGGGGGUUGGAACUGUUCUCAGAGAUGAAACGAAAGUGAAUUGUAAUGAUUGUACACUAAUUCUGUAUUAAAUAUACAUAUACAGUACCAGUCAAAAGUUGACACUGUCAUGACGUUGGCCUGGGGGAUGGGUUUAUGACAGUCAUAAAUACCU